AUGGCGCAAACACCACAGCAACGACGUGCGAAUGAACGAUUUGCUAAGAGCGAGUCCGCCAAAAGAGGGAAAGGUCCCAUCACCAAACCUAAAGCAAUUGCGAAGGCACCCAUUUCUGCGGGUUGGCUUGUCAUUUUGGCCUUUGUCGUUUGUGGUGGCCUCCUAUUGGAGCUCGUAAGGAUCGUCCCUGAGAUCUGGUCUACUGUGGCCUCGGUGCUCUCGCGCCUGACCAGAUAA